AUUUCACAGCCUUAAUAUAUAUACUCUCUCCCUUCCUCUUCGCCUUCUCUCACUCUGUCUCUACACACUUCUCUUUCUCCUCCUUUAUCAGAGCGAGAGAGAAUCUCACUCCCUCACUCACUCUCCGUCGACGCCUUCUCCGCUGUCUCUUCUCUUCUAAAUUUAUAGAAAAUGGCCGAUGCUGAGGAUAUUCAGCCCCUCGUCUGUGACAAUGGAACUGGGAUGGUGAAGGCUGGGUUUGCCGGUGAUGAUGCACCCAGGGCAGUGUUUCCUAGUAUUGUGGGUAGGCCAAGACACACCGGUGUCAUGGUUGGGAUGGGACAAAAGGAUGCCUAUGUAGGUGAUGAGGCCCAAUCCAAAAGAGGUAUUCUUACUUUGAAAUACCCCAUUGAGCAUGGUAUUGUGAGCAACUGGGAUGAUAUGGAAAAGAUCUGGCAUCACACUUUCUACAAUGAGCUUCGUGUUGCACCUGAAGAGCAUCCAGUGCUUCUCACUGAGGCACCCUUAAACCCCAAGGCUAACAGAGAGAAGAUGACCCAGAUUAUGUUUGAAACUUUCAAUGUCCCUGCCAUGUAUGUUGCCAUCCAGGCAGUGUUGUCCCUCUACGCCAGUGGUCGUACAACUGGUAUUGUACUGGAUUCUGGUGAUGGUGUGUCUCAUACUGUGCCAAUUUACGAGGGUUAUGCUCUCCCACAUGCAAUUCUUCGUUUGGAUCUUGCUGGUCGUGAUCUCACAGAUGCAUUGAUGAAGAUUCUUACUGAGAGAGGUUACAUGUUCACCACCACUGCUGAGCGGGAAAUUGUCCGUGACAUGAAGGAGAAGCUUGCUUAUGUUGCCCUGGACUAUGAGCAGGAACUUGAGACUGCCAAGAGCAGCUCUUCUGUUGAAAAGAACUAUGAGCUGCCUGAUGGCCAAGUCAUCACUAUCGGAGCUGAGAGAUUCCGUUGCCCAGAAGUCCUCUUCCAGCCAUCACUCAUCGGUAUGGAAGCUGCUGGUAUCCACGAGACCACCUACAACUCCAUCAUGAAGUGUGAUGUCGAUAUUAGAAAGGAUCUCUAUGGUAACAUUGUGCUCAGUGGUGGUUCAACUAUGUUCCCUGGUAUUGCCGACCGUAUGAGCAAGGAAAUCACUGCACUUGCCCCAAGCAGUAUGAAGAUCAAGGUCGUUGCUCCACCAGAGAGAAAAUACAGUGUCUGGAUAGGAGGGUCAAUCCUUGCAUCACUCAGCACCUUCCAGCAGAUGUGGAUUUCAAAGGGUGAGUACGACGAGUCUGGUCCAUCCAUUGUCCACAGGAAGUGCUUCUAAGUUCUCCAAGUUCUUUGAUGGUGAGUUCUUUUUGCAUUUAGUUGGUUUUUGUGUCUGUGUCAUGUGGACUCAUGCUGGUUGACGUGGAGAAGUGUUCAGGUCGGGGUCGUCAUUGAAGGGAGAGAGUAUAAUUCCUCUAUUGUUGUAUCAUAUAAGCUUCUCUUUUCGGCAUUCGUUGUCGAGAGGCUUUUACUUUUAAUGGUCCUCCGGAUUUGAUGGACAAAUCCACCCUUGCCUUGCAUCAUCUGGGGUUCAACCAUAUUGUCUUUUUUUAGUAGGAAUGUUUGUAGCUGGAGAUGAAGAGUGGUUGUGAUGCUUUUCCCUUUCAUUUUCUAAAAUUUUCAUAUUUGAAGGUUUUUUUUUUAAUUUUAUUUUUAUUUUUUCUUCUUCCCUGAGAACAAUUAAUGUUAAUAGCUAUUGUAUGAGAAACUUCAUAUUAGUGUCUGCUUGCCAUAAA